UCAAACACUCAGAGAUGGUAGAGCUGGGCAAAUUUCUCAGCAAAGUUAGCUCAAAAAAUGCGCACUGUAUCUGCAUCUUGCUGAAAAAUGACCUUGACACUCCAUUAACAAAUCCGAGAGUUUACAAAAAAGAUGGGAAAAUGUACAGCGGUCCGCAAAAUGUAAUCCAGCCAGGUGAAUUUGCAUGUCUUGGAUUUCACAAAACAAAGUUUCUUCCAUUUGGACCCAAAGGCAUUGUUGCCUAUGACCUGAAAGAAUUAGGAAUUACAUUUUGCCUAUAUUUUAACAAUCCUUAUUUUGGUCAUAACAAAUUCACAAUGUCUUGGAUGAACGAGGGAAGGAAUGUGGAUCAAAAUCUCUUUCGAGCUCUUGCGUUGGAUAAUAAUAUUUGGUAUGCGUAUGGCCACAUGACAUGGCGUGAUAUGAAAUCAGACACACACAAUGUUAUGGCUUCCGGUUUUAUUGGAGAAGGAUGGACUGCUACAUUGCAAGUGGAAAUAAAAAAUACAUGAAUGCUGCUACAAUAAAAAAUCCAUUCUAUAAUUUUUGCAUAAUGCCCAAGAAUAUGGAUAAUUAUCUUCUAAAUACCGAAUAACGGGUAUUUUUUACAUGCUGCUAAUUUUUACUAAUUUUUACGAGUUUUAUAAAUCCAUCAAAUUUAAACGCGUAAAAUUUCACAGAAGUGUGUGAAAAACGCCUCGCCUCAAUUAUGAACAUCGUAUUAUGAGAGUAUUUCAAUGCUAUCAUUACCAUUUAGGGAAGUACCUGGAGGCUAUAGAAUUAGUACUGGCACUCGAUGGUAUUUUGGGGGAAUUUUUAAUUGAUUAUCGAUUAGGAUCAAACAAGUAAAUCUUAAUUAAUGCACAAAUUAUUCAAACACCGUCAAUUACCUGGUUCCUCUUACGGGACAAUGGCUUAAUUAUUACAGACUGAAGUCUUCAAAUUAUAUCCGUUUUUCAAGACUUUGACCCUUUCUUCUUUUUAUUUGCUUCCAGUAAAAACUUCGACAUUUUAAUGCAUCGCAAUCCAUGUCCCUUGUAAUUCUGUCAACUUAAUCAUGAUUGCUUGAGUUGUCUCUCUUUGUUUUCAUUAAAAUGAAGACGAGCACUUGGUGCGCAACAAUAAUGAUGCGUGAACAUCGUAUUAAUUGACAAAGGAAUAAAUUCAGGGCAUGUGAUAUAUAAAAGUAUUUAAAUGAAUAAACAUAUCCUUAAGGAAUCGACACUCGUUAUCACGGGAGGGAACUAUUUUGUUUUUAUUUUACAUCGGGUUUUCUAGACAUUUAAAACAAGUACAUGUAUGUUAACGCAUUCAAAACGCUAAAACACUGAUCUGGAACUUCACCUCUGAUGAUUUUAAUUAUAACGGG